AUGGAUGAAUCUAAGCUGAAUUCGGGUUCGUGGGAGGACUCCCUACCUAAACUUGAUAUUAACAGCACUGAGCUAUCACCGCUCGGCGAUAGCAACAACGGCAGCAUCACGACUACCACCACAGCACAAUUGCAUCAUAACGCCAACAACGCAACGUUGCAUCGCCCCGACCCGUUGAACGCCGCGCGCUCCUCAUACAACAGUCUACACACUUUAUUGAAUAGCAGCACGCUUGCAGCACCGCUGCAACAAUAUCAAACACAACAACAACAACAGCAACAUCAUCAUCAUCAGCAUAGUAAAAGCUGUGGCAGUCCGAGCAGCAUCGGCCGGCCAACUAACGAAGCGGAAAACACCGCAACCGCCUUAGUUGCGCACACAAACAACACAAUUGCCGGCGGAAGUUUCAGCACCAACGGCGGCUCAGCGGCCGUUGGUGUAAGCACCGCAACUGCAACCACCGAAACCGUUAACAACAGCCAAAGCGUCGCCACUGUAAAUACCGCGACAAAGAAACGUCUCGAACAUAACGCCUCUACACGCUCCGUACAAUCCGAGGAUAGUUGGUGUUCCGAGCAAUCGAUAGAACAGGAACAAGUAAACGCCAACGCCAACGCCAACAGUACACACUCAGUUUCGGACGACGAAGCCGCAACGGAGGACGAACGUGAACGUGAACGCAGCAGCGUGACGUCGUUGAGCGCCACCAAUCAACGCAAUUCACAAUUGCGUUCCACACUCAACAAGGCCAAACAGCAUUUGUCCUUUGACAAAUGGCGCACGAGUUCCUCGAACAGUGGAAACGCUGCCAACAACACAUCCACCAACAGCUCCGCAACCCAUUCGGUGUCGGCCAGCAACGGCGUCGCUGAUAGCAGCGGCAACAGCACGCAAACGCGACGUGCUAGCGCCUGCACCAUGCCGACAGCACACCAGAGCGCACGUGAUGACAUCACCACACCAGGUGAAUCGCCGGGUGGCCGGCUAUCACGCUGGUUCUCGAUACGACGCGGCUCAUCACACCAGUACGAUGUGGGCGGUCGUCAGUCGGCCGCGUCCAGCAUUGAUAUGCCGGAUGCAGCCGCGUUGUCAGCUUGCGGCGAUUCGGCACAUGCAUCGCCACAGAAGUUGAGCGCCAACAAAAUGCCCGGCGUUCCAGAGAAUGACGAUGAAGAGGCCGCCUUAACGGCAUCGCGUUUUGAUCUGGAUCUAAUGUUACCGCCUGGCAGUCGCAGCAACGGCUCGGCACACAAUGCGCACACCCGCCUCAUCACGCCAAUGCUGCCACCCGCACCGCCGGGCCUAUCGCAGCAGCAGCUGAAGCGGCGCCACAUUGUGGCUGCCAUUGUGCACAGCGAGAACUCAUAUGUGGCCACUUUGCAACGUCUAGUCAAUGAUUAUAAGAAACCUCUUGAAGAGAGCAACCCACCUAUUUUGAGCGGCUCCAAGAUCGCCACACUCUUUCAUCGCUUGCCCGAGAUACUGCAAUCGCACAAAUUAUUCCGCAUCUCACUCGCCGAAUGCGUAUGCAAUUGGGAUCGUGACGAGCGCUUGGGCGAUUGCUUCGUGAAUGCCUUCAGCAAGCCGCGCAUACUCGAAAUCUACUCGGGCUUCAUCAAUAAUUUCUCAGCAGCCAUGGAACUCGCCAAAAUGGAGGAGAAACGCAAAUCGGCGCUAGCUGAUUUCUUCAAAGUCAAACAAAUUAGCGCACACGAUCGUCUCUCGUUCUUCGGUCUGAUGGUUAAGCCGGUGCAACGUUUUCCACAAUUCAUACUCUUUCUACAGGAUAUACUCAAGUAUACGCCACAAGGUCAUCACGAUCGCAUGUCACUGCAAUUGGCGCUGACACAAUUGGAAUUGCUCGCUGAAAUGUUGAACGAGCGCAAACGUGAGGCGGAACAAUAUCAAGGCUUCAAAGAGAUGUUGGGUCACAUCACCGGCACUUUCAAUGCACGUUCGCUCACCGCGACAGAUAGCAAUCGUGCGCGUUACCUGCUGAGGGAGGAUAAUGUGACACAUGUGGAGUUCAAUCAGGCUGGUCUUAUUGUGAAGUCUAAGCAGCGUCGUCUAUUAUUGCUCAAUGAUAAGGUUAUUUGUGUUUCGGUCGCACCGAAACAGUCACAUGAUUUUGGCGCUACGGAGAAGCUGAGUUUCAAGUGGAUGUAUCCAGUGACGGAUGUGGAAAUCGUGGAUAAUAGUACUUCCGCAACGCUCUCGAGAAUAUUAACUGCUGGUCUCAAUCGCGGCGGAAGUCUCAAGUCCAACAGUAGCUCCUGCAACAACAGUCACUCCAACACGCUACCAAUCAAUGCCGCACACUCACAUGGUGGCCACUCAUUGGACAGCUCACCAGCUGCACAACUCACGAACGGCGCCGAUAAUCUCUGCUCCGAGAUGAGCACACUCAUGUACGACUAUGAAGUAAUCUCACGUAUACACGAUCUCGUCAGCACACUGAAGGGCACAUACAAAGAGCUCAAUACGAAUACCACACGCAAUGUCUUGAAUACCAUACAAGCCUCGAUACAACGCAAAGAUGAGGAAAUGGCUUGGGUGGAUUCGUGUUGUCUACAAUUGAUAGCGCGUAACAAGUCCGGUAAAGAGGAAACCUACACAUUCCAGACACAAACACCGAAUGUGAAGAAAGAAUGGAUCACGGAACUGCGUUUAGCACAAUUGGCUUUGGAUCCGAACAACUCGCCAGCCUGGGAAACGUCCACUACAACAGAGCCACAAUCACUGGGCAAUAGCAGCUACGAGCAGCAGCAACAUGUGAUGCAGCGACAAUCCACCAAAUUGCCACUUUUCGUCAAGGCGAUACCCGUCUACAAAUCACAGCAUCAAACAGAGGUGCGCUGUGGUUGUUAUUAUACAAUCGCCAACGACUUAAAGCUAAGCGGCAAUGCACGUCGUCGUCACAAACAACAAAACUACCUGUGGGUCUGCACCAGUGAUGGCACAUCCUCACACAUAGCAGUGCUUUCGCAGCAUCACCAACAGGCCGGUAAUCUGCGUGAUGUGGGCUCUUUCGACUUGGUCGAGACUCAGGUAACCGCCAUGGAGUUCGUCAAGGGAUUGGACAGUGUGAAGAAACGUGAAGAGCACCAUAGCCUGCUAGGCGAUCUAGUGUGGAUGGGCACGGACAGUCGUAAAAUAUUGAUUUACUCAGCACAAAACCCCGAACAGGAGGAGCAAUUGAGCAGCAGCACUGUACCUGGCGCCGUUACGCGUAUACUCUAUCACUUCGAUGUCGUUUAUGUGGCGCUCUCAAAUGCCAUAAUGCUCAUCUAUCGUCGUUCGUACGAUGGCGUCUGGAUGCUCAAAGACCCACAAGUGGUGCUGCUGGGCGAAUCUGGUCUGCCAGUGCCAAGUCUAUUGCCAAUCAAUAUGAAUAUUUACGCUUCGUGCGCGAAUCGCGUCUAUGUGCUGAAUGCGCUCAACGGUGAGAUACAGAAGAGUUUUGAGGUGCAACACGGUGCCAAUCAACAGGUGAACUUAAUGGCACACUCCGGCAUUGGACUAUGGAUCUCGCUGAAAAAUUCAACUGUUUUGUGUUUAUAUCACACGGAGACCUUCAAACAUUUGCAGGAUAUCAAUAUUGCCUCGAGUGUGUUGCGCAGCGAUGGCAAGAAGGAGCAAUCGGUUAACAAUAGCUCAAUUUAUGUUACGGCGCUUAUGGCUUGCAAGGGUUUGCUGUGGGUAGGUACAAAUGUUGGUAUUGCCGUUACUAUACCGCUACCACGUCUCGAGGGUGUGCCGAUCAUCAGCGGAGGCAUUAAUAUGUCUUGCCAUGCACACUUUGGGCCGAUCACCUUCCUGCUGCCACUUGUACCGCGCGUUUAUCCGAGCUACAAACAGCCACCGACGCAAACCCUGCCCGUCGCCUUUUGUGCGGAGCCCACCGUUACAGUGCCUAGCAUGGGUGAUGACCUACAAUUGCCCGCAAUCGAUGCCGAUCCCAAAAAACUCACAGAAUCAGAUCUGGAUGAAUCGACGGUGAUACUACGCCGCGACUUGCCGAAGGAUGAGUCGCCCUUCUCGGGCACCGCCUCACCCUCGGCUUCGAUGUUGCGCGAACUCAGCGUGGAUGGCGACUCGAAUGCCUCUUCACCGCGAUGCUCCAAAUUGGAUAAACAAAAUUCAUUUGAUCAAUCGCUUUCGAAGCUACGCGCUUCGCUCGUCAACUCGCCAGCCUUCCAUCGCAAACGUUUCCAUGACCUAUCCUCCGACUCGGCGCGCAUGGCCAAGACGCUGCCGCGCGGCUUCAACACAAGCAUGCACUCAAAUACGAGCACGCUCAAUCAUAGCGAACAUGGCUAUUGUGACGUCUACGGCUUGUACGGCAAGCUGAUUUUCGUGAAGGAGGACUACGACGCAGAGGAAGGCACACAGGGCAAUCUCAUGGACAUGAUGUACGAAGGCAUGCGCCGUUCCGAUCCCGAAUUGGCGGCCAUACCCGGCAAGGUGAGCACGCUGGAUCGCCGUUUGCGCAUGAAGGCCUCACGGCCACGUUCACUUGAUCUCUCCAACUGGUCGGUAGACUCGAAGUCGUCCAGCCUCUACACCUCAUCGGGCAGUGAGGAGAGCAUGGGCAUACGCCUCUUUGGCGGACGUUCGGUAUCGCGCAACAGCAGCAGCGCUAGUCACAAAACCUCAGGCAACGGCAGUGAUUUGGGUAACAUAUCCGAGAAUGGACUAAUGACCAGCGCCGAAAUACACCAACAUCACAGCACACCGAAAUCGGAUGAUGGCUUCAAAUUGUUGGAGAUAAAGCAAACCAAGAAUGCUGGCACCAGUGCUGGCGGUGCAUGCACGCCACCACCCGCCGCCGCUGUGGCGACACUCAAGCGCAAGCAAAAGCAAACGAACAAACAACAACAGCAACAAAAUGCCGACGGACCGCGCACCAUAAUCACGCUGAUGGGCGGACGCGGCUACUGGCGACACGUCUGGUACAACAACGCCAACUCGCCGAAUAGCAAAUCAGCAACGCUGAGCAGUGGCGCCUCCACGCCGCUAAUCGCCAACUCGAACGACGCACACAUUGUGGUGUGGGAGAAAAAGUUAUAAUCGCAGGAGUUCGAGUGGCGCCCCUUGCAGCGUAUCGGGCGUCGCGGUCGUGUGCGCUUUCGCGGCAGUUACAUGUCGCGUGAGCGUGUGUGCAAUGGCGGCGCCGCCAACCGCGGCCUGGGCGUGCUCAGCGCCAGCACGCUCAAUGUGCGCGGCAAGGAGAGCGGCUUCUUGGCGAGCAGCAGUGGCAUGGGUUUUAAGCGUUUCGCCAAGCUAAAACGAGGUGGCAGUCUGAAGGAGUUCUGAAUCAAAAUCAAAAUCAUCUGUUAACGUUAGUAAUUGUAGGCUUAAUGAAUUUUUUUUUUAAUUAAUAACAAACAAUAAAUGUUUACAUAUUUACUUGUACAGUUAUGUAAAGUAUAAAUAAGUAACAAGCUGAACUGAAUUGCAUGGAAUUCGAUGUUUACUUGGUGUUGCUGUAUGCAAAAAUAGUAUAUUGAAUCACAAAAACAAAAAAAGAAUACUGCACAAAUAAAUUUAACGGUAAAUUUAAAUACAAACACACAAACUUGUAUUAUACAGUUACUUGUAGCAUAAGCAGAAAGUACUGAGUCAAAAAUUCAAAAACAACAACAACAACAACUGCUGAAUUCAACAAGUUGCAUUUUUUUAAAGCAGUUUUAUAAAGCGUGGCCACACUUUUGAGAAACUGAUCAUGCAAAAAUCAAAUUUAUAUUACAUACAUAUGCACAUAUAUGUAUCAUCUGCUGAUAUCACGUAUUAUGCGAGACAAAUUCAAAUUAUACACUAUCAAAUUAUUAGAAUUUAUUUUUGUAUGCUGCUU